AAAUAAAGGGGAAAUAGAAAUCCUCUUGAUCAACUGCUUCUUUGCCUAAACAGCUUCACUAAAGAAAUCACUUGACUUCCUUAUUAGCUAAUUUAAUGAAGAUGAAAACUCUCCAUUUGAAUUGAUACCCAAAUUUGGAUUUUUAGAGCAAACAAUUUUUGGUGGGUUCCAUUCCUAUCAUCAGCUGAUCGAGGUACCCGCUGAGCCCCCACAAUAGCCCUGGGGCUGCUGUUGGAGUUCUUGCCGCUGACGUCUCCUUUUUUAUGCUCUUUGGCUCUCCAUGCGAGCCAGAGACAAAUGGAUGCAAUCGCCAGCGGCAGCCUCAAGAGGAAGUUUGAAGAUGUGGAUGUGGGCUCGCCCGUCUCCAACUCGGACGAUGAGAUCUCCAACAGUGACAGCGCCGACAGCUGCGAUAGCCUCAACCCUCCAAGCACCAUGGGCUUCAUACCCACAUCCAUCCUGAAGAGGCAGAAACAGCUGCGCAGGAAGAAUGUGCGUUUCGACCAGGUGACCGUGUACUAUUUUGCCCGGCGCCAGGGCUUCACCAGUGUGCCCAGCCAAGGGGGCAGCUCCCUGGGCAUGGCCCAGCGCCACAACUCCGUCCGCAGGUACACGCUGUGCGAGUUCGCCCAGGAGCAGGAGGUGAAUCAUCGGGAGAUCCUCCGGGAGCACCUCAAGGAGGAGAAACUCCAUGCCAAGAAGAUGAAGAUCGCUUCUCCAAGAGCUAAUGUUAGCGGGUGUCUCACCAGGCGUGUGCUGGGGCAGAGCGCCAGGCCUCGUGCCCAGGGCCCAAGCCAAGGACUAACUCUGCCCGUGUCUCCCCAGCUGACCAAGAACGGCACAGUGGAGUCGGAGGAGGCGGACGGCCUGACCCUGGAGGACGUGUCAGACGACGACAUUGAUGUGGAGAACGUGGAAGUGGACGACUAUUUCUUUCUGCAGCCCCUGCCCACGAAGCGGCGCCGAGCCCUGCUCCGGGCCUCCGGGGUUCACCGCAUCGAUGCUGAGGAGAAGCAGGAACUGCGCGCCAUCCGCCUGUCGCGAGAGGAAUGCGGCUGCGACUGCCGCCUGUACUGCGAUCCCGAAGCCUGCGCUUGCAGCCAAGCUGGCAUUAAAUGCCAGGUGGAUCGCAUGUCCUUCCCAUGUGGCUGCUCCAGGGACGGCUGCGGGAACAUGGCCGGGCGAAUAGAAUUUAAUCCCAUCCGGGUGCGGACUCACUAUCUCCACACCAUCAUGAAGCUGGAGCUGGAGAACAAGCGGCAGGUGAACCGGCCCCAGGCCCUGGAGGAGGAGUCUCUCCAUGGCUCCGGCAACGACUGGCUGGGAACGCAGCCCUCGGAGACGCAAGACUUCCAGGAGUUCAUGGCGGAGAACGAGACAGCCGUCAUGCACCUGCAGACGGCGGAGGAGCUGGAGAGGCUGAAGGCUGAGGAAGACUCCAGUGGCGCCAACAUCGAGAGCUUAGGAGUGUGCAUCCUGGAGGAGCCUCUGGCCGUGCCUGAGGGGCUGUGCCCAGGCCUACCCACGCCUAUCCUCAUUCAAGCCCAGCUCCCUCCGGGCUCGUCUGUCCUGUGCUUCGCAGACAGCACCGAGCAGGCAGCCUCAGCUGUGGGCGACCAGUCCUACUUGAACAAUGGGCCGGUGGUGUACUACCAGGUGGACCAAAGGUCCAUGCUGGGGGUGAAGGGCGAGAGUGGCACGGAGGAGUCGGAGAUGCCCUCUCCUUACACGAAUGAGAAGGAUCUGAGCGUCUUCUCCGUCCCCGUGGCCUCGCUGGUGCCGUGCAGCAGAGCCAUGGCCCCGAGCAAGACGGAGACGGGGAAAGUAGCCGCCUUGUCUCUGGAGCCCGCCCCGCCCCACGAGAGCUGCAGGGCAGCCGUAGCUCCCCCGUUCCGUACAAACGCUCCGUCGUCUGGACCGGAGCAGGCCCCGGAGAGAGUGUGUGAGCUGCCUUCCCCAGAGGAGCGCUCCCUGGGGCCCCCCCUGGCCGUGUGACCCAGCCGGGAGCUUUCUCUGAUGUCUAUUUAUUGACAGAUAUUUUAUCGAGUGGCAGUGGCCGCUGAGGAUUAUUUAAUUGGUAUCGGGGGGUGGGAGCCGGGCUGCUUUGUACAUAUGAUUUAAAAGAAAACCAAUGCAACCAAGCGCUUGUGGCAGUCUCUUGAGGCUCCCUCUUCAGAGCAGGUGGGGCAUCACGUCUAACCCUGGAGGUGCUGCCACGUGCCAGAUGAGGAAGGCGGCUCAGCUGAGCUCCCUCCCAUUUAUGGAACUGGGUGUCUCCUCCCUGCCCCCACAGGGACCAUCCUAUGUGAAUCUGUGUCUGUCUCCUAUAAGCAAUAGUGCGAAACUGCCUCUUGUUCCUCCCCUUAGAGCACCGGACUUGGCCUGUGGGGCAGCAGGGAUGCCUUUCCGUGGUUGCGU